AGCCCUCCUCCAGGUAACUCCCAGGGUCACCCUGUUUAUUUGCAGAUGGCGCUGGUUCUGCUGUCUUGUUUGCUGCUUGGAUCAGUGUUGGUGGAAGGGGCACCAUCAGGAGAUGAGAUUGUAUACAUGCCUGGUCUUGCCAAGCAGCCAUCGUUCCAGCAGUAUUCAGGAUUUCUGACUGUGUCAGGGGGUAUACAUCUUCAUUACUGGUGAGUAGGGUCUUAAUAUUUUCAAGUUCAUAAUUUAACUCGCGGUCUAUCAGUUUUUACUUCCAAGCUUUGUUCUCUGCAGGUUUGUGGAGUCCGAGGCGGACCCCAACUCUGUACCCCUUGUCUUGUGGCUCAAUGGAGGUCCGGGAUGCAGCUCAUUGGAUGGACUUCUAACUGAACAUGGCCCUUUCUUGGUGUGUGCAACUAAGAACCUCUUCUCUCCACCCACGGAGUGCACCCUGUACUUGGCAUUUUAUAAACCUUUUAGUGCUUUUAAAAAAAAAAAAAAUGUUUUACCUUGUGUUUCAGAUCCAGCCAGAUGGUGUAACAUUAGAAUACAAUCCCUACUCCUGGAACAAGGUGUGUGUAUGUGUGUAUAUAUAUAUGUGUGUAUGUAUAUGUGUAUAUAUAUAUAUAUAUAUAUAUAUAUUAUAAUAUAAAAUGUUUUCCUUUUAUUCCCGAGUAAAGUGAUACAGUGUAUUGAGAGAGAGAGAGAGCGCUAUAACUUUAUUUUUACUCCCACACAGAUUGCCAAUGUUCUGUACUUGGAGUCCCCAGCUGGUGUUGGUUUCUCUUAUUCUGAUGAUAAAAACUAUAAAACAAAUGACACAGAGGUAACUGUUUUGUGUGUGGUGGAUGGAUAUAAUUAUAUAAAAAAUUUAAAGGACCACUAGAUUCCCCAAAACAACUUUAGCUUAAUGAUGCAGUUUUGGUGUAUAGAACAUGCCCCUGCAGUCUUACUGUUCAAUUCUCUGCCAUUUAGGAGUUAACCCCUUUGCAUCAUUUACUAAAAUUAGACUCAGAUUGCCGCGAUCCCAGCAUUUAUGGGGUUAAUGCUGCCUUGCUGUCCAUGGUGUCCCAGCCCAUGUCAUCGCUCUCACAUCUAGUCAGAGCGAUUUUUACAUGUGCUACAGGGUCUCCUGACCCUCCUCCCUGCACUCCUGUGUUCAGUGUGAAGUGGUUGGAGAAGGAUCAGUGUUGAUCCAUUUCUCACUGCUGGAAAAAAUCCCACCCCUCUCACUCCUUGUGAUCUGAUUUUUAUUUCUAAAUUUUAACCCCAGGGGUUACAAUUUACUUAGUUACCUAAUAUUUGUAAAUUAUUUACCUAGGGAGGAUAGAAGUUAGUGGAGACAUUGUCGGGGGUUUACUGUUGGGCUAGUUAAGGGUUAACAGCGGGGAAAACCAGUAAAAAAAAUAAAUAAAUAAAAAAUUAUAUAGAAUUUGGGGGGUGGAGGAGUGAAUGCUUAUUCUUUCUGCACUUCGUACAAGCUAGCUGGAAAAUGAUCCCAUGCUAAGGUUUAAAGUCUGUAACUUAAAGGACCACUAUAGGUACCCAGACCCCUUCAACUCAAUGCCAGGUAACUCUAGUUUUAACCCUGCAGCUGAAAAUAUAGCAGUUUCAGAGAAUUCGGAUCUGCCAUCGGCAGGGGGUGGGAGCCUGGCGCUGGAGAAAGGUAAGUGGCUAAAGGGGUUUUAACCCCUUCAGCCCAGCGGAAGGUGGGCCCUGAGGGUGGAUGGGACCUAAUGACCCUAUAGUGCCAGGAAAACGAGUUUAACAAAUUUGUGUCUGUCAAAAAUUGGGCAUAUUGUUUUAUUUAGAAGAACGGAACAUAAUUUUAUGACCAUGGCACAUAUCAAAUGUAUGAAAUACCCAGCAAAAUGUAUGCGUUUUUUUAAUUUUUCUUCUCACCACAAACUUUUACAUAAAUUGAAGAAAAAAUGGCGGUAAGUUAAGGCACAAUAUACACCGUUUAGAUACCCUGAAAUGUCUGCUUUCUUAAAUGGAAGACCAGGGCCGUCUUUAACGCAGUGCAAAUGGGGCAGCUGCCCUGGGCCCAGUUAGUCCCGUCCCCUAUUGGCCCUCAAUCCACAACAAUUUAUUUUAGGAUCACUGCCUGCACACUAAGAGGGCUCAGGGCCCAACAUUCACCUAUUAAUUUGGUCUAUCAGAGGGUUUGGCGCAGCAAGGGAGCAUUGAUCCUUCGUUGUGCAGAAUUUGCCAAUAGCCUGAAUUAUAAGGUGCCGUGAGCGCCAGAUGCAAUAGUCUCCGGCUCUGAUUGAGACCCCAUUCUUGAGCUAGCAGGAAGAUCAAAAGAUCUCUGGUGAUCUAGUGAACUCCCUGGUGGUCCAGAGUGCUGCUGGGGCUGCUGCACUCCCACACAGUUCCGGUGCACUGUGGGUGUCAGAGCACAGGCGCUGGGUUCCCAGUCUGUGCUCUGACAUCACAGUGCGCUAGAACCGCAGUACACUAGACCACCAGAGAGCGAACCAGCAGCACACUGGACCACCAUGAAUUUAUUGCCUGUGCAUUUUUAAUUUAAAAAUUUUUUUUUUUUUUUAUAUGUAUGUCACAUCAAAUUUUAAAGCCUUUUUUGUCUUCUGCAAAAACAAUAUAUAAUGUGUUGGUGCAAUAAAUGAGAGAUGCAAAUGUGUUCAGGAAGGUUGUGUAAGUCACAUGCAGGUAUGUGUAACUAGGGUUGCAUAAACAAAAUUGAUUUUAAUUCUUAAAUGGCAGAGAAUUGAGUGAGACUGCAGGCAGUGCCGCUGCAAGGAUUUUUGCUGCCCUAGGCAAAAGAGAUUUUCCGUGCCCCCUCCCCGUGACAUCACAAUGCCCUACCCAUAUGAUCUGCCAUAUGAACUAACGCCAGUGCUGCACACAGUGUGUGCUUACAUUAAAAAACCUGCAGGGACAAACAAUAGGCACCAGAACCCCUUCAUUAAGCUGCAGCUAUAGAGCGCUCAGGUGGCUGCAGAAUUUAAAGGGCUGGCGAAAGGGGCACAGGGUGCCCCCUCCUAUAUCGCGCACUAGGGGCUGCCUAGUUCGCCUUUAUAGGAAGCGCCGGCCCUGACUGCAGGGGUAUGAUCUAUACAGCAAACUGCCUGCUUCAUUAAGCUAACAUUGUUUUGAUGACUAUAGUUUCCCUUUUAAUUCCUCCUGUACACAGGACUCUUUGGUCAUACUGUGAUAUAAAACCUUUUCUUGUGUCCUCCCCUCAACACUGGUGUUGUUGAAGCAUUGUUUAAGACAUUCGUUUUGUGCUGUUUGUGCUGCUCUCAAUAUUUUGUGGUUUGUCUCUCCUUAUUGCUAAUAAUUCAGUCUCUUUCCCUCCCAGGUUGCUCACAAUAACUAUCUGGCUCUGAAGGAAUUUUUCCGCCUCUUUCCGGAAUUUAGUGAAAAUGAUUUUUACAUCACGGGGGAGAGCUAUGCAGGGGUGUAUGUCCCAUCUCUGGCUGUAGAGGUAUCGCAGGAUCCUGCAAUAAAUCUGAAGGUAAGGGAGAGAAUAUUGGGAUCACAGUAUAAUGCUGAGGAAACCAUAAAUCCCACCAAUCGGCAUAUAAGUCGAAACUUGGCAUUGGGUUACUGGGAGUCUAAAAAGAAUACUCUCUAAAUGUCUUGGAUUCACUGGUUUGACAACAGUGCCUGAAUUUAUUCUCUGAUUGGACAAAAAUAUCAGGGUUUGCUGGGGAAAAAGUCACAAAGAGGUACAUGGAGGGAUGAGAGUCCCCCACAAUGGUCAAGAUGAUUGGUAUCCCUCCGGUAAUUAAGUGACUCCUUAGCUUGUCUGGGAAAUAGAAUACAUCUCUGGUAAUCUGUAAAAUCAGUUCCUCUCAAGCACCAGAAGGUGCCACACUGGCUGUGAAGAGAAAGUGGAAUAAAAUUAUUGUGAGAGGCUGCUCUGCCGUUCAUCCUUCCAGUCUGGUAGCAACAAGCGCAGAGGGAUGUCACAUGAGACCAGCGUGCUUAAGACAACACAUUUUUGUCCCACAAUGGGACCUUCUCAGGUCUUACUGCAAGCCUAGCCGGCAAUCUUCAGAAUCUCCGGUGGGUGUGGACAGUGCAACAGGGAGCAUCCCCAUCUAGGUCAUAAGUGGUAUUCUGUGUGUGGAGCUUGUCACAUGCAUGACUUCACAUAUCCAUAAUACCUUAUACCAACUCGUAAAUGCUGUCUAAUACUUGCUUUUGCAGGCCAGACAUUGUGCUGGGGUGAUUCUUAUUUUAUUUAUUUUUUCCACUUCUUACCAGGGAAUUGCGGUGGGAAAUGGUCUAAGCAGCUAUGAAAGCAAUGUCAACUCACUGAUUUUCUUUGCUUACUUCCAUGGUAUCUUGGGCAACCAGUAAGUGUCUUUUUUUCUAACAUUGCUGUUGUCUGUACCUGUUCUCACUCCUCUUGGUGGCAGCAGCUUCCUACACCUGGAUGCAUAGAAUACGGUAGGCAACCGUGGUUGGUGGGAGGGGGAGGCUGUAUUUACUCAAGAAUCAUUCAGGACAUCCAGCCAGUGUUGGUCACAAAAGUGAGAAUUCACAGUGAAUUUUAAAUCUAAGGCCAGAGUAGUUGAACGGAAAGCAUAGGUGACUUAGAGAAUUUUUUCCGAUCGGCUAUUUUGACUUUAAAUUUGAAAUUCGCAUUGAAUUCUCCCUUUAGUGAAUAACCCAGAGGAUGUUUCAUACUGUUAGAAAUGUCGGCCCAGCUGAUGUGCAAAGGGCCACCUUUCUGUCCUUCCAUUUGCUUAUGUUUUGACAACUUGCUUGGGGUACACCGGGCGCUGGUCACGUCCUCUAAGAAACUGAAGCGCUCUGCAUUGAGCAAAGCAGGCAGUGCAGGGCUCUCUUUAUUGGCAGAUUCACUUUAGCAGGAGAUAACCUGAAGCUCUAUUUAGAAUAGUUAGACUGGAAAUCCUGAUUCGUUCAAGCUGGUAAACUCUAUUCUUCUCUCUGCAGACUCUGGGCCUCACUGCAAACAUUCUGCUGUCCCGGUGGAAAUUGUCAGUUCUACAAUAAUCCUGAUAUGAACUGCUCCCUGCAUGUAAGUUUGGCAGGGCUCAAGGUUUGAAAUUUUGAUGCUCGCCUCAAAUGAUGUGAAUGGGAUUCCACAAUGCACGGUGUGUGGUUGGCUGUUUGGCCAAUCAUGUGUUUUUUUUUUUUUGGUUUUUUUUUUGAUCUCUCGUCUUUUUAACAUGUAUAGAACAGCUUGGCAUGCUGGCACCUGUAUUGGCAAACCAAUCUAACUCUUUAUCUGUGACUUCUUUGUAUGGCUAACACAGUGUACAUAUUUUGUAGCACUGCACGUGAUGAUACAUUACUUUUUUUUUUAAAUUUAUUUUAUUUCUUCUUUACAGUUAAUGGAUGCCAUGGAUGAUGUGUACCGCAUAGGACUUAACAUAUACAAUCUGUAUAAACCGUGUGCUGGGGGUGCUCCAGGAGAGGUUAGGCAAGUGUGUGGGAGUGGUUUUGUUUUUGUGGGUAGGUAUACUGGAUUUUUUCGGAUUAGGGGGAUAGAGCUAACAUUGAAAUUCUCUUAUUGCAGGGACAAUGGAGAUCACAUUAUGGUGUACCUACCUGUGGCGCCUUCUCACAAAAUGUCUCCACAUUGGAACCGGGUGACUUUAAAAAAAUAAAAUAAAAAUGUUCUACUUUUACUGUGUAUCUUGUUUACAGGGAUGGUGGUAGACAAAUUUGCGCCCUCGGCAAGAUCAGCUACUUGCAACUCCCUGCGUGCAAACACAAAAAGCACAUUUCCGACUUUGUGUAUUUUCUUCUUCCCUCCGCCUCUCCUUUGCGCAUCUAUAUCUUCAAUAUCUUCGGCCCACUGUGAUGGGAAGCAUUUCCUUGCUCCCAGCAAGUACUUUCUGUCAGACCGGGUAGAGGAUACAGAAAAUUCUCUGCCCACUGUCCGUGCUGCCACGCUGCAGGAAGGAAGAGCUGUGCGCCUUAGGUGGCUAGAUAGUACGCCUAGCGGUAACACUCUGCUUGUAUGUUUCACUGUGUACAGUGUUCUACCAUCCAAUGAUCUGGUUUAUUGCUUGGUUAUUUUUUUUUUUUUGCACUAAAAGUGUUUUUUUUUUUUGUUUGUUUUUUCAGGAAUUGACAGCUCUGUCACUUGUCCAGAAGCCUGUGCGCAUGAAUCCACCUUGCAUAAACAGCACAGCUUCUUUUACAUUCCUGAAUAACGCCUAUGUGAGGAAAGCUCUUAGCAUACCUACUGAGGUUCAGCAAUGGGAGGUCUGCAGGUGAGAUGGUCCGUAUGAAUCCCGGACAUUCGAAGAAUGGAGAACUAGGUAACAAAAAUACAGAAGGGAAUAAAAAAGGUUAGCGCUAAUAAUAAAAUGUAUAAAAGGCAGCGGCCUAACAGAGGGUCACUCUCUAACCCUCUACAGUGAGAAUAUACAAGUAAAAACAAAGGAAGGCUGCGCCAAGAGAGGUAGAUAAAGUUACACAAAUAGAAUUCUAUGUGAUUUAAAAAAAAAAAUUGUAUAUGGUUUAAAAAAAAAUAAAUAUAAUAUAAAAUAUGUAUAGAAAGUCCCAAUAUAUAUCCUAAAUUGUAGUCUCAACUGGUGUAAUGUCUUCUCUGUUGGGAGUAGUCCGUCUCACGAUAUGAAAGACACAAUGGGAAAAGACCAAUCGUGCAGAGUGUAUAAAUAAAUAUCCGUGAAAUUUAAAUUCCACACUCUCAUUUCCAUGAGCUAAGGCCAGCUCUGGUGUAACGGGCAUACAGCGGAUAACCCUCCGCUUAUAGGGGUGCUUGUCCUCCUGGAGAGUGCUGGUGUCCAAUUCUGAAAGGAAAAGAGAUAAAAACAGCCAAUAGUGCUCUCUGGUGACGUUAUAUAGAAAUAAGUUGAAGUAACGGAGGGCCCAUGGCCUGGGCGGAGCAGAAUGGCUUGCGUUUGGGGAGUUGGAGACAAACGUGUUUUUUUUUGUUUUGUUUUUGUUUUUGUUUUUUUGAUCUUUUGUUUCUGUCUGUAUAUCUCGUGUUUGGUUAAAAUAAUAAAAUUGGCAUGGAAAGCGAGAGCGGGAGAACCGGGGGGACUCAGGAGCAAUUCACAGACUCGGAGCUAUGCACAGUGGGGUAUAGGAGAGGCGGGCUGCCCUAGUGUGGAUAGUGGGUUUGGUAUGGGAUGUGAAUGUUAUGUCUGUAACGGAUAUGAUUAUUACCUCUGAAAAUCAGCAUGCUAUGUCAAUGCUAACAGUUAAAUAAAGAAUUAAAAUAAAUAAAUAAAAAGAAAUAAGUUGAAGUAAAAUAAAAUGUACUCACAAGUGGAGUGCAGGCUAGUCUGCACUCUGAUGAUAGCGUGGGUGGUAUAAUCCCCACCUUAGGAUAUGUAAAAUGCCAGGAAAAAAAAUAAAUAGAAAUAAAAUUGUAUAGAGGAGUAAUAAUACAAAAUUAUUUAUUAAUAAUACAAUAUAUUAAAACCAAUAACGCGUUUCGCCACAAUGGCUUUAUCAAAUUGGAAUGAUAUUAACCUGGCACAUAAGGAGUAUAUAUAGCUAGUUCAAUAAUUCAAAAUUGGCGCCAAAAAAGUCUGCCAAUCAGAGCUGUUCAAAAUAUAAAAUAAGUGUAUGUACAGGAUACAAAAGUUAGAUAUAUUACAUAUAUAAAUUAUAAUGUACAGAUGUAUGUGUAUUAAUGUACAUUAAAAAUGAGGAUGGUAUAAUAGAAUAUAAAGAAAAAUUGUUUAGGCGCGUCACGUGACCUGCAGUGCACCCUGGGAGCUGUAGUGCACGGGUCACGUGACCGCCAACUACACUCUCUCUCCAUGUAGGUCCGUGCGGCCGUCCCACAGAAAGGGCGGCGCGCACGAACAGCAGGGCGAGUUCAGGCUACGUCACGUGGUCCGCGGCGUCAAAACAAAGUACCAUCCGCGGGUCACGUGACCAAAGCCCAAAGUAUUAUAGGAAAUGUAGUUUAGGGAAAAGUGUAAAACGGACUUAGGAAUAUAUCAAAAAUACAUAUGAAUUAUUAAUAUAUGAUAAAAAGGCAGCCUGGGGAGAGGGUGUGAAUAUAUAAAAGUAUUGAAAUAUAAAAAUUAUAUAAAAUUAUUAAAAAUGUGAAUGUUUAAAAGAUACCCUCAGUGAGUUAAUGAUCUAACUCCACAUAUAUAUUAAAAAUAGAAGUAGGUAAAAUACAUAUGAAAGUAUGCAUUAAAAUAAGAACAUAUGUUAGUAACCAUAAAGUCACAGAAGUGUGUGUGUAUAUAUAUAUAUAUAUAUAUAUAUAUAUAUAUAUAUAUAUAUAUAUAUAUAUAAUUUUUUUUUUUUUUAUAUGUACAUAAACAAAAAUACAGUUUAGAUGGGAUACAGUCUAGAAAAAGUUAACUUAAUGUGUUGUUUCUUGUCUUCCAGCUUUGAUGUUCAUCGAAGUUAUGGGCAUAUAUACCAGACUAUGAAAGACCAUUACCUGAAUCUGCUGAAAACUAUGGUGAGAAGUUGAAUUUUAGGAAGUUGUGACUGUUCCAUGAGCUUCUCAAGGCACCCAUCCUUGGACACUUGUCUAAGGGCUUGGUUAUCUGACUCUAAUGUUCUAACUUGCUUUCAGAAAUACCGUGUCCUGGUGUAUAAUGGAGAUGUGGAUAUGGCAUGUAACUUCUUGGGAGACCAGUGGUUUGUAGAUUCUCUAGACCAAAAGGUAAACGAAAAGGCUGACUCUUUGCAUAUACUCAUUUCGUUUUUUUUUUUGUUUUUGUUUUUUUUUGUGCUGUGGUGGGAAAACUGUCUCUUGAGUUCAUGGUAUCUGUCUGGAAAAAUCUACCUGCUUGGUGAUGGCAUUGAAAUGCCAAUUUCCAUCCAAGACAAAUUUUGGUAUUUUAUUGCAAUCAGUAUUUUUGCCACAAUGCGAGAGAGUUGAGGUUAAAGCACUCUCAAUCCUUGCCAUCCUGUAAGCAGAUAUGACCACUUUUAAGAGAUCUUUGACCGUUUCUGUCUAAGGGGAGUGGAGAUUGACGAUUUUCUCCCAUCCCUUCAGAGGUCAGGUGCUCAAACUAGAGUGUUGUGUGUUUGUUUAAAAGCAACUCCAGUUAAAGGAGUUGCUUUUAAACAAUCAUGAUCACUAUCCCCAUGAACACUUAAUGGAGGGGCUUGGUAUUCUCACCAUGAGAACCCAACAAUGGAGUAUAUCCUAACCCACCCUUUAUCCAUGUCUAAUGCUUGCACUUUGUGGAAUCCAGACAAGCCUGUUUGGAAACUACAUCCAUUUCAGCAUAUACUUCGCCCUGCACAAUAUUGGCACUCUUGGUCUAUAUGAGCAGAGAAGACUGUAAAAAAUGUUCUUUUGACCUUCAAAAAAUACCCAAAUAUUCUGCUUUCACGGAUAUCAAACCAUUGACUGAUAUUAAAUGAACACCUAGCUGCCAAUGCCAGAAAGCUUAAAAUUGGCCGUGGUUGGAUCUUGACCGGACAAUGAUCCAAAACCUACAUUGAAGUAAAAACAAAAAAUGGUUUACUGACCACAAAAUCAAGAUCCUGCCUUGACCAUCCCAGUCCCCUGACUUAUACCCAAUAGAAAGACUGUCCCUUUCAGUUCACCCCACAGGUUAUCAGUGUUGCCCUAAAUUUCUUUGAAAAAUCUGGAGAGAUUCUGUAUGGAGGCAUGGUCUCCGAAUUCUUGCCAUUUAUUCUCUAGCCUCAUCAGCCAUUAUAGAAGAGUUAGAGCUUGUUAUCUUGACAAAAGGACGCAGCACAAAGCAUUGACUAAAAUGGUGCCAAUAAUUAUGCCAGACCCAUAUUAAAUUUAAGUUUCCCCCCAAAAUUACAUUCCUACACACUUUGUACAUAAAAGGUCCACCCAGCCUCCAUACCUUGCCAAGGGAGGACUGGAUCCUCUGUCCCCGGUGGCUAGCGGUUUGCUGCUGAGCUGGGACCUCCUUUGUGCUCUUCCUGCACAACUGGAUCGCGUGCCCAGCAGUAAUGCCAAUAUGACAUCAUAUCCCGGCAACCGUCCUCACUGCAGAGCGCACAGGGAACUGUCCAGGAGGAACACAGAAUGUAAAGUGCUCCUUGCCGCACUGCUAGCAGUCCCCGGCCGCGGGUUGGACUCCUCUAAUUUAAACCAUGAACGUUUGUGUCCCUAGGAACUGUCAUUUUGGCUUGAAUUGCAUCAAAGCCCAGUUGCAAAUGCGCACACACAUACUUGCGCACACAAACAUACUUAUUUGUAACUUGCCUCUCUCCUCCCUAGUUGCAGGUACAACGUCGGCCAUGGAAGUACAACGAUGGAGACCAACAGCAGGUUGGCGGCUAUGUGAAGGAAUUUUCUAACUUGACCUUCCUCACUAUUAAGGUAUGGAAUAUAAGGAGGAGGGAAACAACCAUUCUCUGUCUGCAUUUUUUCCACCCUAGAAAUUGGGGUGGGGGAUUCAUAGUGUAUCAAUUUGUGGUUUUCUGCUUUAGAGUAUAGCAAGAAGUUAUGCCUUAACCACCAAUAAAAUGUCUCCAUCUGUUUGCAAUGACCUUUUUAAAGGUUCCUUCAAGAAUAAAAGGCAAUGUGUGUAAUAUUUUAUAAAGAAUCUCCAUAAUAUCUAUUGACCAUCUUCUGUCUUUCGUAGGGAGCUGGUCACAUGGUGCCAACAGACAAACCCGUUGCUGCCUUCAUAAUGUUCAGCCAUUUCCUAAAGAAUGAGCCUUUCUAGCCCUGUCCGUCAUCUCUUGGACUGCACGAUAUUUGGGGAUAUAUGACUCCUUUCUCCUGGAGAGUCUGAGAUUACUUAUUGGACCCUCCUCAAUUUAUGGUCAAAUGUCCCUACAGGGCACUGCAAUGUGAUAGGAAAACUGUCCUUAACCCCUUAAGGACACAUGACGGAACUAUUCCAUCAUGAUUCCCUUUUAUUCCAGAAGUUGUCCUUAAGGGGUUAAACUAGUUCCUUAGCUUGAUUCUGUUUCAGUGUUUGCAGCUAUUUGAAUUAAUGGAUGGGUUAAUAGUCUAUUCAGCUACAGGUCUCACUCUAGGCUGCUUCCACAGCUGUUAUAUCACAAUCUGUCACACAAGGUUAUCUGCAGCACCAGGGUUCUUAUCAGUGGUGUGGACUAAUUUCUGCAGUACUGGAGCUGCUAAAUGUCUUUGUAUUUCAGGGAGGGAGAAUAAUGAUCACAUUUUAACUUCCUGUUUAAAAUUAAAAAAAAUUAAAUCUGAUCUUGAUCUUAAUAUUCCCAUUGUGAAACUGGUGUAAAAUAAAAAUGUAUUUAAACUGAAGUGUCAUUUCUCUCGUGUCAAACUCUUCUGGAUCUUUAUCCAUUAAUUAAAUGUGCAAAAGAACACAACUCCAAAGCAGCAAUGAGUUAUCACCUAUCUCCUGCUUCUGUGUAUGUUUAGUAAUGCUUCACAAAGAACCUGCUCAUAUGAGCUUGCAAUCUAUGAUUGAUGAUAGCACUGAUGGGUCACCUGGGGUUUAUUUAGCAAAUGAAACCUAGAAUGUGACGGCAGAUAAGAACCAUUCGGCCCAUCUAGUCUGCCCAAAUUUUCUAAAUACUUUCAUUAGUCCCUGGCCUUAUCUUAUAGUUAGGAUAGCCUUAUGCCUAUCCCACGCAUGCUUAAGCUGACUCACUGUGUUAACCUCUACCACUUCAGCUGGAAGGCUAUUCCAUGCAUCCACUACCCUCUCAGUAAAGUAAUACUUCCUGAUAUUAUUUUUAAACCUUUUGUCCCUCUAAUUUAAGACUGUCCUACCUCUGGUGGUAGUUCUUUUAAAUGCAAUACAGAAGCAAUUUGGAUGCCACGUUUUUAAUAUUUUUGUUUUGUAUAUUCGUAAAAAAUAAAUGAAGGCUAUGCCAACCAAAUUUUAUGCUUCCAUUUGGUUUACUGUUAAAAUCAGCCUGUAGUUGCAACCAAUUACCUCUUUGGAUAAAAUGGAAUUUGCGGACACACCCAGAAUGUGCAUUUUAUUAAUACUGCUGAAAAGACCAAAAUAUAUACAGAUUAAGGUGUGCACAAACAAAAACAAACCACUUGUACAAGGCUAAUUUAAACCCUUUACGACCAAACUUCUGGAAUAAAAGGGAAUCAUGACAUGUCACACAAGUCGUGUCCUUAAGGGGUUAAAAUAACGCCAUGUGCAGGUUUUUUUUUUUAUUUUUUUUUUUUUUUUUUUUGACAGUUUCAGGGUCAAAUGUAAGGCUUGCAAAUUAAAUUCUCUUUUUCUGUCUGGGUUGUCGGGCAGGUCCCUUGAAUUGUAAUAAAUAAAACUACAUAAUUAUGUAAAAAGUUUACAUAAAUAAUACCAUACAUAAUUUAAAUAUAUUAUAAACAUUUGUAAUUAUAUAUAACUUCAUUCCGUGUGUGUGUGUAAAUUAUAAAAAUGUAAUUGCAAAAUAGAAUAAAAUGACGUGUGUGUAUAUAUGUGUAUAUUAUAUCCGGGAAAAGGCAGUGUUUACAUUACUGUUUAGGAACAAAUCGUUUUCCUGGCACUGCAGGUUCCCUCCCCCAAGUUGCUGAAGGGGUUAAAACUCCUUCAGUGACUUACCUGUAUCCACCGACAAUGUCCCUUGGCACUGGUUCAGGGUCCGCCCAUGCUCCUUCAUCCGGCGGGGGAGACCUAUUGAGAAUGUGUGGCCGCCGGGGGAGACCUCCCCAUAAGAAAGCAUUGAAAACUGCUUUAAAUACUUUCCUAUGGGGAUUUCAGCGACGCUGGAGGUCCUCACAUAGCGUGAGGACGUCCAGCGCCGCUAUAGCGCACUUUUCGUGUGCUGUAAACACUGAAGUGCCCUCUAGUGGCUGUCUAGUAGAAAGCCAACAUAGGAGGAGUUAACCCUGCAAGUACACUUGCAGGGUUAAGGGUGAUGGGAGUUGGCACCCAGACCACUCCACUGGGCAGAAGUGGUCUGGGUGCCAGGAGUGUCCCUGUAAUGGGGGGGAAGUGAUGAGACACAGGCUUACCUGGGGUGUGGAAUGAGACACAUGGAGGUGCUUGGGCGGAUGGGACAUAUUGAGGGGCUUGCUUGGGGGGAUGAGAUUAGGGGUUUUAGGGUGGGGAGUAGAACACUUGGGGGGGUUGAUACACCUGGAUGGGAGGGGGGGAGGGAAUGGGGCACAUAAAGGGGCUGGGGGGGAAGGAAAUGAGACGCAUGGAGAAGCUGGGGAGGAGGGAAUGAGACAUUGGGGGGGAGGGGCAGGGCAAUUUUCGCACCGGGGCCCAUAGGUUUCUAGUUACACCUCUGGUACGAUACCAUUGAUGCUAUGCCAGCUGGGGAUUUGCCUAUCCUUGCAGGUUUGUAUUUGUGAGCAGUGUUUGUGCGUUUGAAUGUAAGCAUGUUUUCUAUAGAGUAUAUGUGUGCAUGUAGGUGUGUAUUUGUAUGUAUUGGUGCCAUAAGAAUGCAGUGAUGUACUUAUGUGUAGUGUAUGUGUUUUUGUUUGAAUGAAUUGGUGUUUGUAUAUAAUUUUAGUAUUUUAAUACAGGGGUGUGUUUGUAUAUAUAGUUUGCGUUGGAUUGCAGGGGUGUGUUUUGGAUAUAAUGUUGGCUUUGAAAGGUGGAUUUACAAUUGUUUGUACUAUUGCUGUUUAAAUGAAGGGGUGUGUUUGUAUAUAAUAUUUGCGGGCAAGAUUGUGUUUUCAUUUUGUGUUGGUGUUUGCUUGGAUGUAUGCACAUACAUACAUAAAUACAUACACACAAAUAUAAAUGCACAUUAACACACAGAUACACAAAUUCAUAUACAAACUGACACACACACACACACACACACAUAGAAACAGACACAUUGAUACACACGCAGAUGCACAACCGGACACACAGAUACAUACCACCUAACACACACCUGCACACACUGACAUAUACACACACAGAUGCACACCCUGACUCAUAGUUACACGCACUGACAUAUUUUAAUUUUUAUAUUUGCAGCCAUGCUCCUAGCUUACGUUUUGUGUCCAGGAGGGUGGCUUGCUUGGGGUCCUGGCGAUGCUGGCUGAGACUGAUGAGCGGGAGCGUAAAAGUCUGAAGUAGCUGUCUCCUGUCUCUUUUCCACAUGCUGCCUGUGUGUGCCGCUACUGCCAUCGCUUUCCUCCCACAUUGCUCUGUAAGAAACUGUCUGUCACUUCCUCCCAGCCAGCUGUUAUUACAGGGGCCCGAUUAGCCGAUCGGCCCCUUUUCAGCCAUCCAUAAGAGCAUGGGCCACCCGAUGGGACCUCCAAGCAUGUGGUCCCCAGUGCGGUAGUUGCGACCUCGAAGCAUGUGGUCCCCAGUGCGCUAGUUGCGCCUCUAACAGCCUAGCAUGCAUUCAUGCCAGGCUGGCUCACCAAUCUUUCAGGCAGAACUUCCGAUUGAAAUUAAGUGGUCUGGGUGCCUAUAGUGUCCCUUUAAACACAGUCAGCCCUCUCAGGGUUACUCAGAAAUCUCUGAAUCUUUACAAAUUAAAUCUGAAUGGCUAAACAGAGCUAAAUGUUAUGAUUACAUUUGGAGCGGUUUAUUUUCUACAUCAGCUGGUUUUAUCUAAUUUUUCCCAUUAGGAUUUAAUUUCCUAAAAUUCAGAAAUUUUGUGAAUAACCCUGUCAAUGUCCAGGGCUCUAGACAGGGGCCCCAAUCUAGCUCAAGUUAUCUUGUGUAUCCAGAAAAGUGGAUUGGAGUACUGCUUUAGUCUCUUGGACAAGCAGAUCUUAAAAGAAAUGAAAUAACCAAGAUCUGAAAAUCUUGGCGAAAAUCCAAGCUGAUAGACUGAAUGCACUACUGAACUCACUCAUACAUGCAGACCAAGUGGGUUUCAUUCCGGGCAGACAACUGGUCGAGAAUACCAGGAGGAAUAUAGACCUGAUUUGGAAACAGGUGACCUCCGAGACACCCACUUUAGAAUUUAUAACGACCACAAAAGCAAUGUAUCAUGAAGUACGAGCACAGGUACAGAUUACGGGGCUCCACUGAAACCAUUUCAGCUCUACAACGGAACCAGGCAGGGGUGCCCACUCUCUCCCCUUCUGUUUGUGCUAGCAUUGGAACCCUUGAUGCAAGCGAUAAGACAACAUCCAGGAAUUGGAGGAGUACGGGUAGGAGACAGAGAGUUCACCGUCUCGGCAUAUGCAGAUGACAUCCUCCUGACCAUUACGAACCCCAUGGAAUCUAUGUCAGCACUGCAGGAAGUGAUAAAAGACUAUGGAGAAAUAUCUGGAUAUAAGGCUAAAAUGCAAAAAUCCCUUGAUUAGGACCUUGAUAGGAGACUUAGAAAAGUGGACGGACAAACCCAUCUCGUGGAUAGGACGGAUUAACUCUGUUAAAAUGAAUAUCCUCCCACGGAUCCUAUUCUUAUUCCAAGCAUUGCCUAUCUGCGUUACUAAAACACAAUUGACGCCGCUACAAUGAUCGAUAGGAGACUUUAUUUGGCAGAACAAAAGGCACCGGAUAUCUAGACAGGUUCUCUACAGACGUAAAGAAAGAGGGGGAUUGGGCCUACCAAACCUAUACUUUUAUUACCUUGCGGCCCAACUGAAUGUGGCACUCCCUGCUGGAAGAGAGAAGAUGGGUUGAAAUAGAAUCCAUGAUGGUGGGCUGGGACGUCCCCCAAUUCACUAUGUGGGUCUCAAGGGAACAUAGACCCAUUAUACGAGUGACUUGCCCAGCCAUACUCAACUCACUCCAAAUAUGGGACGCUAACAAAAUCAAGUAUGGACUGGCAGCCUCCCCCUCCCCCCUGACUCCAAUUCGUAGAAAUAGAGAAUUCCAACCUGGAAUGGCUCCUAGAGAUUUUCGAAAUUUAGAAGAAACAGGACUACAACGGAUCCACCAGCUAUACCACAACGGGAACCUCAUCCAAUUUGCGCAACUUCAAUAAGAUAACCACUUAACCCCAACGGAUUUCUUCAGAUAUAUUCAGAUCCGGGAUUUCGCAAACCACAUAUAAAGGCAGCAGCUCAGAGAAGGAUGACUCUCUAUGAGAAAUUAUGCUUAGACGGAGUGGCCCCCAGGGGCAUGAUAACACUCAUGUAUGCCCACCUCAGCACGGAAAACAAAGAAUGGGGAAGGCUGGCUUACACCGACCAAUGGGAGACAGAACUGGGAGAAGUACUAGAAGGAAUUGAAUGGCAAGAAAUAUGGGAAGCAAAUAAAAAUGCUUCUAUCUGUGUCACGCUACAGGAACAGAUGUGGAAAACCAUGCUCAGAUGGUAUACCACUCCUGUAAAACUGUAUAAGAUGCACAAAAUGGACACAGAUGAUUGUUGGAGGGGUUGUGGAGCCCGAGGAACAUAUCUUCACAUGUGGUGGGAAUGCCUGAAAAUCAGUAGAUUUUGGAAGGCAGUUGAGGACUUACUGAAACAGACAUUUAACAGGCCCCUAGCUCUGGAUCCUUGGAUAUAUCUAUUGAAUAGGUCUAUCGACGGAUGGACCAAGAGAGAGCAGAAACUAGUCCAUAAAAUAACUCUAAGUGUGCAACGAACAAUAUCAACCGCAUGGCUCUCACCAGAGGGUCCGGAGUUUCCGGGAGUGAUAUCCAGGAUCCGUGAAUGUAGGAUAAUGGACGACCUGACAGCAAGAGUGAAGGGGUCAACAGUAGCAUUUCUAAGACUUUGGGAGCCAUGGGAUAAUAGCAUAGUGGGAUCCAGUGAAAACAAGUAGGACUGAUUAGGAGAAGUAAAGGGGAACUAGCAGCGGAGGUCCCCUUCUUGCGAAGGACAAAGCCAUCACAUAUGGCACAAGGGGCCCCUGAUCGCCCUCCGUCCUCCUGGUUCCCCCCCUCCCCCCCUGCCCCCCGGUCCUUGCUCGCCGCUUUCCGGAUGCUGCACCCCAUCUAAAUCUCCUUUCUCUCAAACGAUCUACUCUGUUUCUCUCUUUCUGAUCUCUUUUCUCUUACUUCCCGAUUCCUAAGGGGAGGAUAUCUUUCUCAAUUUUAAUUUUGUUUAUUUUUUAUAUAUUUCUUACAUAAAUUUCCUCAGGCAUCGUCAAAAUAAUGAAGGAACAGGGAGACCUAGAGCUAUAGAAUAGAUAUUAAAAUAGGACUCCUAUAGUUAUGCCUGAAUGCCUGAAAAAUAUAAAACCCUCGAUGGGAGACAAGCAUCAAAGAUGUAAAGAUAAGGUAUUACAAGGUUCAUAUGGAGCAUAUUCUGCAUUCUAAUGUAAUACCAAUGUUGGCUUCUGCGCAAGCAAAAUUAUUACUGUGCACUUGUUUACUCCUGUCAAGUAGAAAAAAAAAGAAGAAAAAAAAAAAAGAAAUUAAAUAAAGUAUCAUUCCACAGCCCUGUGAAUAUAUCUAAGCAGGAAAUGCCAUAGGUACAUCCUGAAUGUUUAAAAUUCCUUUACCUCAUGUGCUAUAACAAUACUACUAACAAUACUACUAAAUAUAGGGUUGUCAGUUCCACUUUAAUUCCCUGCUGCCCUGUAUUGGUAAUUAGGGGGGGAAGAACUAUAUUAAUGGUUAAUAAAUUUAUAUUAAAUAUUUUAUAUGCAAGAAUACAUAUAUAAUACACAUAUACAUUAAAUAUUUGAUCACCUAGAAUGAUAUAUAAUUAACAGUCUCUGGCACUCUCUUUUGCCAGCCUCGGAAAACAAGUUUGAUAAUGAGGAAGAGCUAGCAUCCUGUUAGCGCCAGUGACGCAAUUUGUGUUUAAAGCCCAGGCCUCUCAUUGCUGUCAUGUGACCCAUCUAGUCAUAUGACUGCGGUGAGGCAGAAAUAAGGAAGUGACAGCAGGCAGUCUGCACUCACUGAGAGGGAGAGGUGAGUGAAACUCAGGGGAAAUCCGCGAUUUAAUGCUUUAUAUGGGCGGAUAGGUAUUGUAAUGGCUAACGAGGUAAGGCUUGUGUAAAACUGGGGAGAAAUAUUACCAGGAAAUAAUAUUAAGGGGGACUUACAUAGGACAUAGAAAAAAACAUAAAAGGGGUAAGAGGUAGGUGGGUUUAAAUAUGGGCUGCUGUGGGACCAGUAUAAAAAGUGGGUAGGAGUGAUUUUUUUUUUGAUUUUUUUUUUAUGGGGACUUAAUUAAAGAGGAAUGGGAUCUCCUGAAAGAGCACUAAUUCUUUCAGCUGGCUGGGCAUCAUUAGAGUUGUGAUCCAUAAGAAACUGGGUUGUGAGUUUUGCUGUUAUUUGCCCAGAUUUCCAGGGUUAUUCACUUAAGUGUGAACUGAAAGGAGUUUAAAUGUAGGCAGAAAUUGGGAAAACUAGUUUCACAGUCUGUUUUGUUCCAUUUUGACUGUUCACACUUUUGUGAAUACCUUUUUAUUAUAUAUAUAUAUAUAUAUAUUUUUUUUUUUUGUGUGUGUGUGUUUUGACAAGCCAUCCUCCAGGUAACUCCCAGGGUCACCUUACUUAUUUGCAGAUGGCGCUGGUUCUGCUGUCUUGUUUGCUGCUUGGAUCAGUGUUGGUGGAAGGGGCACCAUCAGGAGAUGAGAUUGUAUACAUGCCUGGUCUUGCCAAGCAGCCAUCGUUCCAGCAGUAUUCAGGAUUUCUGACUGUGCCAGGGGGUAAACAUCUUCAUUACUGGUGAGUAGGGUCUUAAUAUUUUUAAGUUCAUAAUUUAACUCGCGGUCUAUCAGUUUUUACUUCCAAGCUUUGUUCUCUGCAGGUUUGUGGAGUCCGAGGCGGACCCCAAUUCUGUACCCCUUGUCUUGUGGCUCAAUGGAGGUCCGGGAUGCAGCUCAUUGGAUGGACUUCUAACUGAACAUGGCCCUUUCUUGGUGUGUGCAACUAAGAACCUCUUCCCCAUGUACAAUACAUGUCUGACUGCACUGUGCACUUGGCAUUCAAUAAACAUUUAUUCACUUUUUUAUUUUUUUUUAUUUUUUUACCACCUUGUUUUUCAGAUCCAGCCAGAUGGUUCAACAUUAGAAUACAAUCCCUAUUCCUGGAACAAGGUGACUUAAAGAAAUACAUUUAAUUGCCCCUCCUCCCCCUUUAUUCCCAAGUAAUGUGAUUAAAUAAUUUCUCUAUUUUGUACACAAUGUAUUGAGAGAGAGAGAGAUCUAACUUUAUUUUUACUCCCACACAGAUUGCCAAUGUUCUGUACUUGGAGUCCCCAGCUGGUGUUGGUUUCUCUUAUUCUGAUGAUAAAAACUAUAAAACAAAUGACACAGAGGUAAAAUGUGUUUUUUUUUUAUUUAUUUUUUUUUUUUUUAUAUACUGGGAUAUAUCUAUCUCAAACACGUACUGUUGUUGCUGCUGCUUUGUAGUUUUAUACAUACAAAAACAAGAUGGAGCUUCUUAAAAUGGCAAUAUAACAGAUAUUCUGAAAAAUAAAAUAUAAACAAUAGCGCAAUACAGUAAUGCAAAGAAAAUUAAGUGUGUAUACAGUAGAUUUUUCACUCACAAGCCUGGAGUCAUAAUCUCAUAGUCUGAGGAAGCCUGUUCUACAAGGCGAAACGUGUUUUGGCGAUUUUUAAGGACUAUAUAGCCCUAUUUAGACAAAAAGCUGUUAUAUUUUAAUUUAUUUUAACACUUAUUUUUUAUUAAAAGUUUUUACUUUGAAUACAUUUUUUUGGAAAUUUACUACUGACCCGGCACUUUUGUCUGUGAGUUGGUUAAAGGGGAGGAUAAAAGGAAUCCUGCAUGAAAGAAGGAUUUGGACAUCCUGAAAUGGUCCAAAGGCACACACCAUCCGAGUCAUAUGAGAUUAUGACUCCAGGCUUGUGAGUGAAAAAUCUACUGUAUACACACUUUUAAUUUUCUUUGCAUUACUGUAUUGCGCUAUUGUUUAUAUUUUAUUUUUCAGAAUAUCUGUUAUAUUGCCAUUUUAAGAAGCUCCAUCUUGUUUUUGUAUGUAUAUUGUUGAUUUUAAAGUGGUAGAGGGGACACCACUUUGAGGUGUAUAGAGCUUCGUAUUGACUAUUUUCCACAUUGUGCACAUAUUUGUUAUAUUGCUUUGUAGUUUUAAGACAUUCAUUUUGUGCUACUUUAUAAUAUUUUUUUUGUACAUAGGUUUGUAGAUCACACAUUAAUCCUGUUUUAUUCUACUUCCUUCUCAUGCAGAGCCCUAUGAUGCGCUCAAUAUUUUGUGGUUUGUCUCUCCUUAUUGCUAAUAAUUCAGUCUCUUUCCCUCCCAGGUUGCUCACAAUAACUAUCUGGCUCUGAAGGAAUUUUUCCGCCUCUUUCCGGAAUUUACUAAAAAUGAUUUUUACAUCACGGGAGAGAGCUAUGCAGGGGUUUAUGUCCCAUCUCUGGCUGUAGAGGUAUCGCAGGAUCCUGCAAUAAAUCUGAAGGUAAGGGAGAGAAUAUUGGGAUCACAGUAUAAUGAUGAGGAAACCAUAAAUCCCACCAACCGGCGUAUAAGGCUAAAUUUAACAUUGGGUUACUGGGAGUCUUAAAAGAAUACUCUCUAAACCUCGUUGAGUCAUUGAUUUGACAAGAGUGUCUAUGAUUCGUUGUACUGGACAAAAAGGUCCAGGGUUUGCUGGGAAAGUAAAAAUAUUAGACGAUAAACACAAGUGGUACUUGAAGGGAUAUGUGUUCAACACUACCAUCUGGUAAUGAAGUGACUCCUUAGCUUGUCUGGGAUACAGCUCUGGUAAUCUGAUCCACAGAAGCACCUGAAGGUGUUACACUGUGUGUAAAGAGAAAGUAAGAUUAAAUUACUGCAAGCCCUUAUUGCCUUCCGGUCCGGUAGUAACAAUCCCAGAGGGAUUUCACAUGAGACCAAGUUUCAGCGUACUCAUGACAGCGUGUUUUGUCCCUCAUUGGGACUUUAUUUCAAGUCUUGCUGGAUGCCUAGCUGGCAAUUUUCAGAAUCUCCAGUGGAUGACUCUCAUUGGAUGUGGACAGUGUAACUGGGGAAGUCCACAUCUAGGUCAGAUGUCCUAUUCUGUGUGUGGAGCUUUGCCAGGCUAAUGCAUAUGAGUUCACAUCUCAUGACGCUUUAGGAGCAACCCAUAAAUAAUGGGGUUGCCAAAAAAGGUCAGAUAUUUGCAUCCUGCCAUUACUGGCCAGAUAUUGUGUGUAGGGUAUUUAAUAAAAAAAAAAAAAAAAAAAAAUACUAUUUGUAUAUGACUACAAAAUUGCUGGUAAGUUUCUUAUGGUGUCAUUCAGCUAAUAAUUGGCGAAACGUUGGCUAUUGUGUGGGUUUCCUCACCCCUCUGCAGGUGAUGGGUGAGAUCUGGGGGUUUGAUGCAAGCAUUUUUGUUUAUAAAUUUUAGGUGGUGGAAUAAUUCACUGGCGCAUAAGAAAUUUUUAUCAUUCAUUCAAUAAAGGUUAAGUUUUAUACCAAUUUGUCACUUACACAAUGAAAACCUAAUUCAUCUUUUAACCCAUUGUUUGCCUGGAUAGAUCUACAUCCUCUACAGAUGGUCAUGUGAUUUUGGGAUGUUACUUGUUAAAGGGACAGAUAUAACUCACAUAGCAAAAUUUAGUUGUUUGAUUUUAUUUAUAUAUAAUUUUUUUUUUUUUAUUUGUUGUUUUUUUUUAUUUUUCUUCUUAGGGAAUUGCGGUGGGAAAUGGUCUAAGCAGCUAUGAAACCAAUGACAACUCACUGAUUUUCUUUGCCUACUACCAUGGUAUCUUGGGCAGCCAGUAAGUGUCUCAACUACAUUUCAAACUAAGUGUUUUUUAUUUUUUUAUUUUUUUUGCUUAGAAUGCGUGAUAAUGACAGACUAAGUAUACUCGUCUGCAACAGUUCAUAUAAACCAGGCUUUCCACAGAGAUUAAAUGUCCAUUCUAAGGACAUGCUUGUGUUAAAUAUACUUGGCUGAGCUAGUCUGACCCCUAAACCUCUUGGUGUAAUAGGGGGGUAGAUGAGCAGGAUUUACAAACUGACAGACCUUAAAUGUCCAUUCUAAGAAAAUAUCUGUGUUAAAUAUACUUGGCUAACUGCUGAGCUAGCCUGACAGUUCAACUAAGGAGAACAGACCAAGGUGAUUGGUGUACAGGAAUAUUAUAUUGGUGUAACAGGAGGGCAGAUAACCAGGAUUUAUGCACUGACAGAAAAACAUGUACAGUGGUAGAAUGUUGUAUAGACUAGUUUAGGAAUCAAACUAGUACAAAGACACCCAGCUAUUAGGAGGGCUACACAAACUCCCUACUGCAUAAAUCUUGCCUGUAGUAGAUUAAACAAAGAGCAUAGUUAUUAUCCAGGCUAGGAUUGGAGUCGCUAAUGUUGUACCUCAGGGAGUGUUAUCAUUGUUACUUUACUGCAUCAAUAGUAGGUCAUUUAGUGUGGAGAGAGAGAGAGAGAGAGAGAGAGAGAUAAAAGAGAAAUGAAAAUUCUAAUACAAAAUUAAAGAGAACUUUGUGUAUGGUAUUUAAAACUUUAUAAAUGGCUUCUCUUGUUGCCAAAGAGAGAGUAUGCUCAGAUGGCAGUCCAUAGAGCAAGUUCAGCCGAUUUCCUCUAAGUGGCAUAGCUGCAACCUUGCCUGGGCAUGUGUUGCUCCGGAGCGGGGUGCUGCAAGAGGGGCGGCGCUUUUUUUUUUUUUUGCAGACUUUGGUUCGUCGGGGGAGGGUGAACAAGUUGAGUGGCCCCCGGCCUUGUUGAGUGGUCAUGAGGUCGUGAAAUCCUUGUUUUAGAUCUAGCACUCUGAGGAGGCUUCACCGUACAUAGCUGCUCCUUUCUCUGGCUUCCUUUCUGCGUUAGACUUGUGGUGUCCAUUUGACGUGCUUGUAUCUUCAGCCAGAAGAUCUGGCUUAGCCACCACAGGGAGUAGGCAGUAGCGUCGCUAAGUGCCCUCUUGGUUGCAUUCACGCCAUGUGCGUUUGUGCUUGCAGCAUCUGCCAUCUUGGGAUGUUAUGCGAUAUCUACUCAGUUUAAGUGUAGAGCCAAGCUGGUAUAGCUGACUACUCUCCAGAGGGGACCGGAUUAUUAUUAUUAUUAUUAUUAUUAUUAUUAUUUUUUAUUAUUGCGCUAUCCUCCGUCGGUCUGGGGGUGGAGAAGUGUUGAGAUUCUCGUGUAGCUAGGUUUGAUUCUGAGGGAGGAAGGCAGCUGCCUCUUCUCUACUCCGUCUCCAGUAGGUCAUAGCCUGCCACUGCCGUUCUCUGAGGCUCAGGGUGUCGAUUUUUUUUAAGGUGUCCAAAGGUAGGUCAAGGUGUCCCCAGCAUGGGAGUCACCUUGGGUUGUGGCCUCCAACUUGUUAGCUUGGGUUAUCACCGGGUUAGCAGCAGGCGCUCAUGCAAUGCAUGUCUUGCCAGCUUGCAGUCCAAGCUCUGCUCCCUUCUUUAGUUCAUCUUAAAGCCAUACUUUAUAAAGUGAGUGACUGACGUGUGAGAACAUGCUAUCUCAUUCACAGCAACUUAAUUUCAUGUACUCUAUUUGCUGCGGUUCUUCUAAAUUUGAGCUUUGCCAGAGGAUUUUUAGAAGACUCUCUAAAAAGAAGCUUAAGGCCAAAAUGGCGGGCACGCCGAAGCUUAAAUCUCGAGAUACAGCGGCAACGCCUCAACAACCCAGUCAGCCCUGGCGGCUCUAUGACCUUGCUGGAGGCUAUUUUUGCAAGCUUCUGGGCCAAGCUUAGGGAACGCAUGACAGCUCCCACAUGCUCUCCUGCAGGGUGGAAUGGGGAGAAGAACCAAGGGAGGCUCCCUUUGGGCAUCAGCAUCGUGACCACGCAGGUCUCUGCCAGAGUAUGCCCUCCUUCGACUGAGGGCCAUUAAGGUUUUGCCCAGAAAGCACCGUCCACAAAAGCGGAGACCUAAACCGGCGGCAUGCCAAAAAGAUCUCACGCAAUCCCACUUUUGGGAAGGACUUGGACUCACAGAGCCCCCGAGUCCGUGGGUUAGUGGUGUUGGCCCCUACAAGGGUCCAGGGAUGGAAGGAAGCCAUCCCGGGACACUGCCCCGCCAUCUUACUAAUGGCUACAAUCACCUCCAAGAAAGGCUCCUCAUGGACACCUCUGCUAUGCGGCACCACAGAGAUCUAUUACUACUUGCCUAUCACUUCCUGAGAGUGACCGCAGAGGUCCCAGAGCAUGAGCACCCUACAGCUUUACCACCAGAUAGCUCCAGCAAUUGAUCAGAACACAUGAGACUCUCUAUACACUAUAACACUGCCGUUAUAACCAGACUUAAAGCAUGUUUUUCAGUUCAUCUGUUUAUUUUUAUCUUAUAACUGCUCUAAGCUAUAUCUCUCAAACAUUAACAGUUCAGAUAAGCACCAUGUUGUCGUAUAGUUAUUAACUGACAUGCCCUGCAUAUUCAUGUCUUAUUAAUCCUGAAACCGGAUACGAAUCACCUUGAUUGUAUUAGACAUGUGCGAAUGUGUCUGCCAAUGUAUAGCCUAAACAAACCAACAUACGCCGUUGCAGCGCACUAAGCACCUCGCAACUAUCUCAUAUGUCAGAAUAAGCACCAGGGUAAUCAAGGUCGUAUGUUGCAUUGUUUACAAAUAGUGCAGCACCACCUCAAGCCAUACUCUAACCUGUGUUAAACCGCUGCUACACGUUUAUGCCUGUUGUUACUAUGCAAAAUAUGCAAUUAUCCAUGCCAAUAUCUAGUCUGCAUAUUCUUGACCUAUCUGAAAGCUUUUGUUUAAAACUCUCUUACUUUGACAUAAUAUCUCAAUGUCUAGCCUGAUAAUAUAAGAUUGUGCUGUUUAUUCGCAUGCCAUGUCAAUCCACUGUUGAUAAUAAGGUUGCUGUUGUGGCACUGCAAGAUUAAAUGUUAUUUGUUUUCAAAUGCACAAGAAAAAUAAUAAAAAAUUUAAAAAAAAAAAAGCAAAAAAUGGGCUGAGUGGGUAAUUUUUAGGGCUUAACACUAAUUAGAACACGAAUAACUAAUGAAGAAAAACACAUUAAGGAACAUGACUUCAAAAAAUUACCACUAAUAAAACGUUACUUCUAUUGUAAAUGUUUAAAAAUCACUACGAAAUCUAUGAGUAGAAGAGGGAAAACCCAAAAGUGAAAGGUGAGAGAACCAUAAGUGUAGUAAUAAUAAUAUAAUAUAAAAAAAAUAAAAAAUUGAGCAAGUAUCCGCAAGAGUGCAGCAGUGACGUUGGCACCAAAGAGGACCCCACUGGAUCAAGAUAAAGGCGCCUUGAGGUAUUUGGUUUUAGGUAAGCAAACUCGCCUCCACAUAGACGAUUUUAGACUGGAAAUCCUGACUUGUUCGGUCUGGUAAAUUAUAUUCUUUUCUCUGCAGGCUCUGGGCCUCACUGCAAAAAUUCUGCUGUCCCGGGGGAAAUUGUGAAUUCUACAAUAAUCCUGAUAUGAACUGCUCCCUCCGUGUAAGUUUGGCAGGCUCAAGGUUUGAAAUUUUUGUUCACCACCUCGAAGUGUGUGUGUCUGUCUCCCCGUCCUCCCUCCCCAAUCAUGUUUUAGGCAGUGAUCUGUUAUAGAACAGCUUGGCACACUGGAAUCUGUAUUGGCAAACCAAUCUAACUCUGGGUCUGUGUCUGUUCGUCUAAUAGUGUAUAUAUUUUGUUGCACUGCAAAACUGUACUUAAUGUAAAAAAUAUAUAUAUUUUCUAUACAGGUACAGGAAGCCAUGCAUGAUGUGUACAGCACAGGACUUAACAUAUACAAUCUGUAUGAAGCGUGCGCUGGGGGUGCUCCAGGGGAGGUUAGGUAAGUGGGGUUUUUUUCUCCCUUUGUUUAGUUGGUUAAUUAUGUGGGAUUUUGGGAUGCAGAAAACUCUAAUCAUUUAACUUUCUCUUAUUGCAGGGACAAUGGAGAUCACAUUAUGGUUUACCAUCCUGCAAUGCUUUCUCCCAAAGUGUCUCCACAUUGGAACCGGGUGAGUGAUUUUUAUUUCUUCUAUACUUGUUGCCUUGGUACACUUUUCUCUCGCCCCCUACCCACCCCUCUGGGGAUCUCGUAUAAAGGUCUGGUGCUAGACUAUUUUGCGCCCUAGGCAAGACCAGCUACACACCCAAACAAUGAUUGCCGGUUUUGUGUGUAAAUAUCUCAUACCCCUCCCCCGCCCCUUUGUGCUAAUAUCUCCUCCCCCCCCCGGCCCCUUGGUAUCAUUCUCUCCCCUGGCCCCUUUUGUACCAAUCCUCCACCUAGUCUGACAGGAAGCUGUUCAUUGCUCCCAGCAAGCACUUCCUGUCAGAUAAGGUAGAAGAUAGAACCUUCUAAUUGCUCGGCCAUGCUACAAAAAGUGACUGGCAGGAGGGGGAGCACUCUCUAUCCUGCUGGACAUUGGGCCAGUGUGCACUAGGCGGUUGCAAAAUUUGCCUAGCUGUGUGUGUGUGUGUGUGUGUGUAAUAUUUAUUUUAUGAGCAGUUUCUACCAUAGGAUGUCUGGUUCAUUGCUUGACUUUCUGCACUAAAGGUCCCUUUUUUUUUUUUUUGUCUGCAGAAGUUGGCAGCUCUGUCACUUGUCCAGAAGCCUGUCCACAUGGAUCCUCCCUGUAUAAACAGCACAGCUUCUUUUACAUUCCUGAAUAACGCCUAUGUGAGGAAAGCUCUUAACAUACCUACUGAGGUUCAGCAAUGGGAGGUCUGCAGGUGAGAUGGUCCGUGUGAAUCCCAGACAUUUAGAUGAAUGGAGUACUAGGUAACAUAAAUCCAGUUUAGAUGGAAUGUUGUGUUUGCAGAAUAAGUGAACUUAAUGUGUUCUCUUGUCUUCCAGCUUUGAUGUUUAUCAAGGAUAUGGGCGUGUAUACCAGACUAUGAAAGACCACUACUUAAAGCUGUUGAAUACUAUGGUGAGAAGCUGAAUUUUAGGAAGUUUUGACUGUUCCAUGAGCUUCUCAAGGCCCCCAUCCUUGCACACUUGUCUCGGUCUAAGGGCUUGGUUAUCUGACUCUUCUAAUGUUCUAACUUUUUUUUUUUUUUUUUUCAGAAAUACCGUGUCCUGGUGUAUAAUGGAGAUGUGGAUAUGGCAUGUAACUUCUUGGGAGACCAGUGGUUUGUAGAUUCUCUAGAACAGAAGGUAAACGAAAAGGCUAAAUUGUUGCGUAUACUCGGCUUUCUUAUGCCGUGGGGGAAACCUGUAACUUUUGCUUUACACAUAUGGUAUCUGACUGCUUUGUAAUAGCACUGAAACACCAAUUUCCAUGUUGGACAAAAUGAGAGAAAGGGUUGAGCUUGAAGCACUCUCCAUCCUUGCCAUCGGGUAAGCGGAUAUGACCUUUUUGAGGAGAUAUGUGACUAUAUUUCCCUUAAGGCAGGCUUGUCCAACCUGCGGCCCCCCAGAUGUUGCCAAACUACAUCUCACAUGAUUCUUUCAAUGAAACAGCGAGGGAAUCAUGGGAGUUGUAGUUCAGCAACAUCUGGGGGGCCGCAGGUUGGACAGCCCUGCCUUAAGGGGAGCUGAGAUUGGAGCUCCUGAACUCUGAAAAGAGGGGAGCAAAGAAUUAAUAGAUGAACGUGCGUGUGUUUUGAUUGAUUUUUUUUUGGCAAUUCUUUGUGGCUUACAGUUCUCACCAUGAGCACCCAACUUUGGAGUAUUAGGAAUUGAUAUAUCCUAACACACCCUUUCUCUAUGUCUAAUGCUUGUACCUUGUGGAAUCCAGAAGAUUAAUUUCAGCAUAUACACUGCCCUCCACUAACUUUGUCACCCUUGCAAAGUAGGCAAUAAAAAUUUUGUGAUUAGUGGAGGGCACUGUAACUAACCAAGGCUAAUUAAAAUUACUUACAACUAUUGUCUUUGGUCAGUCUUCUACUAUAAGGUCUCAGAACUGAUCUUGGAUCAUAAACCGUCUUGUAUUUAAGGUCCAGCUAGUUGCCUGUUAAUGUUAUCCAAUUAAACAAUGAGUCUCUGAGACCGGCCCUUUGGCUUGUAUUGCACCAAAGCCUAUUUGCAAAUGCACACAAACCUACUUAUUCGUAACUUGCCUCUCUUCUCCAUAGUUGCAAGUCCAACGUCGGCCAUGGAUGUACAACGAUGGAGACCAACAGCAGAUUGGCGGCUUUGUGAAGGAAUUUUCUAACUUGACCUUCCUCACUAUUAAGGUAUGGAAUACAUGAAGAGGGGAGGGGAGGAGGAGGGGGAGGGGGGAGGGUGGGCGGAGUGGGGGGGGGGAACAAAUGCAGACAAUUGUGGUGGUCUGCUCCUUGAGCAUACCAAGAAGCAAUAUCUUAACCACUGAUUAAAAUUCUACUUUGUCUUUUCUCCACUUCUGCUCGUAUUGACAAAUUAAACCACACGCUACUACUAUCGAUAUGUUUGCUGUCCGGUGUGACAUGUUGCAGGUUCCUUUAAAAGGAUAAAACACGAUCUGUGUACUGCUUGCUUCCUGUUCUUUUGCAACGUGUUAUUCUAUAAAAAAAUAUCUAUUGAUCAUCUUCUGUCUUUCGUAGGGAGCUGGUCACAUGGUGCCAACAGACAAACCCGUUGCUGCCUUCAUAAUGUUCAGCCGUUACCUAAAGAAUGAGCCCUUCUAGCCCUGUCUGUCAUCUCUUGGACUGCACAAUAUUCGGGGAUAUAUGAAGCUGUUCUCCUGGAGAGAUUUUUGGUUCUUUACUUAUUGGAUCCUCCUCAAUUUAUGGUCGAAUGUCCCUACAGGGCAAUGCAUUCUGCUUCAGCUGGAUUUUAAAAAGCGACAAUAUGACUGGAAAACUGUCCUUAAAAACUAGUUCCCUGGCUUGAUUCUGUUUUAAUGUUUGCAGCUAUUUGAAUCAGUGGGUUAAUAGUCUAUUCAGCUACAGGUCUCACUCUAGGCUGCUUCCACAGCUGUUAGAUCACGAUCUGUCACACAAGGUUAUCUACUGCACCAGGGUUCUUAUCAGUGGUGUGGACUAAUUUCUGCAGUACUCGAGCUGCUAAAUGGUUUUUGUAUUUUAUGGAGGGAGAAAAAUUAUCACGUUUAACUUUCUGUUUAAAAUUUAAAAAGAAAUCUGAUGUUAAAAUUUUGAAACUGGUCUAAAAUAAAAUUAUAAUUUUUUUUUUUUUAAAUUAAAGUGUCAUUUCUCUCGUGUCACAGGG